AUGAUAGAGCCCCCACGCUUCUGCAGUGGAUCUCCACAGUCUGACCCAAAACCAGAGAAGCCAAGGCCAGUGUCUCCAGUGCGCAGCUGUGUUUCCAUGAAGAGUGACUGGUCUAUGGAGCAGCCCCUAAACUUCAGCAGAGACGAUUCACAGUCUGAUACAAAACUACAGACACCCAGGCCAGUCUCUCCAGUGCCCAGCUGUGUGUCCAUAAAGAGUGACUGGUCCAUGAUAGAGCCCCCACGCUUCAGCAGUGGAAGCCCACGAUCUGAUACAAAACCAGAGAAGAUCAGGCCAGUGUCUCCAGUGCCCAGCUGUGUAUCCAUGAAGAGUGACCGGUCUAUGCUGCAGCCCCUACAAUUCAGCAGAGCUCCCCCACAGUCUGACCCAAGGAACAGUCUAACACAGUAUCAAUCCAGGUGUGGUGUGUGUGGUCUGAAGCUGCUGGAUUCCCCAGUCAUCACCACCUGUGGACACAGUUUCUGCAGCCAGUGCAUCAGCAGCUGCUGGAGCCAGUCUGGUCCAUCAAGAGACUACAGCUGUCCCCAGUGCAGGACAACAUGCAGAACACAAGCUGUUAUCAACCCCGACACGACCAUGGCACAGCCCUUCCUACAUUCACAUGGGCCUAUAGCACAAACUCUUCCAUACACAACAAUUGUGCAACCCAAUGUAUACCCUUCUGCGUAUGCUGCGCCCCCUAACCUAUACCUCUCUGGAGCCGCUGUACGACCUACUGCAAACCCAUCUGCAACCAUGGCACAACCUACUGUAAAUCCCAAUGAAAUCAUAACGCAACCUUCUGCACACCUUUCUGCAACCAUGGCACAACAUGCGCUAUACCAUUCUGCAACCAUGACACAACCCACUGUAAACCCAUCUGUAACCAUGCGUGAUCCUUCCCUUUACCACCACAAUGAAAUGCUGGAACGUCAUCUCUCCAGACCUCCAUCAUUGCCUCACCCGUCUCCAUACCAACAUGCAUACCUGCAGCAGCAUCCUCUGUACUCAGAGAUGGGACAGGAUCAUCUAAAUCCACAUAUGCCUAUGGCACAGUUCCCUCUACAGUCUCCUGCAGUCAUUGCACAAUAUCCUCCAUACUCAAACUCAGAGAUGGGACAGGAU